AUGAAUUCCCAGAGACAAACUAUCUCCUUGACCUCGUCCGAGAGGAAGCGUCUUCGGGACAGGAAGGCUCAGCAAACACUAAGGGACAAGAGGGAGAGCCGAAUUCGGGGCUUGGAAGAAAGAGUAUCCUUUUGUGACAGACAUCAUGGGAAUAUCGGGACCCAACAGGCCAACCAGAACGUACCAACCCAGACGGAGAAGCUCUAUUACGAGAACGAGAGACUGCGGGCGUGUCUCGAGUCUCUACGAAACGUACUCCACUCGUGGGACGACGAAGAUGACGACGGCCAGUCCGCACCAAGAGAAAGACGCAGACGGCGCCCAGGCAUUGGUGCAACGGAGCCAUUGAUUCCUCCUAACCGGCUCUUCAUAUCUGCAGAGCAUAGCCAGCCGGGAAUACCAAUACCGACUACUACUGCUGUCUCUCCGCGCGAAACCAUACCCGGGAUCCUGCCCAGCGCUACCCCCAUCUGGUCACUGGUCCCCGUGAACACUAACGCCUCCAUCGUUUGCUCCUGGUUCUCCCGCCCAGAUCUGAUCGUCACCUGUCCUCCGCAGCCAUCGCCUCUAGCUCUACUCUACGGAACCCGACGAAACUGGCUCGCUGACGAAAUCCACCGCUCCAUCCGGCUCCGCGCCAUCCGGGAUUCGGAGUGUCUCGCCGUGGCCUGGCUGGCAUACAACUACAGUAAGUGGCGAGUAUCUCCAAGCCCAGCGACAUUUGCACGCCUCGUGAGCUUCCAGAACCCGACCCUAGCUCAGCUCCAGCAUGACCAUCCCGUCGGCAUCGAUCUCCUCCCCUGGCCGCAGCUGCGUUUGAACCUGGCUCAGAACUGGCACAGAUAUGACUACACGGAACUAACGAGUUAUCUGAGCUGCUGUAUGAAAGUGCGGUGGCCCUGGGGGCAGGAGAUUCUCGAACGGGAUGAGUUCGAUGAACUGCAAAUCCACCAGGAGUUUCUCGACGUCUUCACCAAGGAAAGUGGCUGGGGAUUGACUCCGGAGUUUAUCAGCAAAUACCCGGAGCUGUUGGAGGGUAUGAAUGCUGAGACUCUGCGGUUUCAAAUCACGGUGGGACAACCAGAUUAG